AUGCAUCAGAAGCUCCACACAGACAACAAUCCAUACAUGUGUAAAGUGUGUGGUAAAAGCUAUAGCAGUACGUAUUCAUUAAAGGAACAUGAGAAACUUCAUUCAGGGCUGACGCCGUACAAGUGUGAAGUGUGUGGUAAGGUUUAUGCUCAGAGAUCUGGUUUGAAAAUGCACGAAGGUGUUCAUAAAGAGACCCCACACAAGUGUUCUAUCUGUGGGAAGAUGUUCGGCCUGCCAAAUUGUCUGAAAGUGCACAUGCUCAUUCACUAUGGUAAGAAACCGCACAAGUGCGAAACAUGUGGAAUGUCCUUUCGCUUAUCAGGAAACUUAAGGCGACACAGGCGUGUUCACACUGGAGAGAAGCCAUACAGCUGUGAAGUCUGUGGGAAAAGAUUUGGACAACCCAGUAAUGUAAAAGCUCAUAUGCAAAUCCAUACUGGAAUGAAACCCUACACAUGCCAGAAAUGUGGGAAGAGUUAG